AUGCCUGCUCCUGACUUCUUCACCAAGACCGCCGGCGAGGCCCCUGCCGCGCCUACCCAGUCCGCACCCUCUGUCACACCCUCUGGCGCCUACUACAACGCUCGCUUGGAUCCCAAGAACUAUCUUGAGGGACCCCUCUCUGAGAACCCUGCGACGCGCCUCCGCCAGAUGCUCGCCCGACCAGGUAUAGUGGUUGCACCCGGCAUCUGCGAUGGUAUCUCCGCCAGAUGUGCACUUGAAGCUGGCUUCACCUGUUUGUACCAAUCUGGUGCCGCCACCACUGCCUCCCGCAUGGGUCAACCUGAUCUCGCCAUCGCAACAUUGAACGACUUCGUCGGGUCCGCCCAAAUGGUCUGCAGCCUUGAUCCCACUUGUCCAGUCAUCGCUGACGCCGACACCGGGUUCGGUGGCCCUGCAAUGGUCGCACGAACUGUGACUCAAUAUGCCAAGUCCGGCGUUGCUGGCCUUCACAUCGAAGAUCAAGUCCAGACCAAGCGAUGCGGACAUCUGCUCGGAAAGCAGGUCGUUUCACGCGAGGAGUUCUUGACUCGCAUCCGUGCGGCAGUCAUCGCUCGUGAUGCUAUCCCAGGGGGAUCUGACUUUGUUAUCAUUGGUCGCACCGACUCUGCCCAGGUACUGGGGAUGGAGGAAGCCGUUGAACGGUUGAAGCUCGCUGCCGCAGCUGGCGCUGACGUCUGCUUCAUCGAGGGCGUCAAGUCAAAGGACCUCCUUGAGUCAACGGUCAAGGCCCUCGCGCCCACACCAGUCCUCGUCAAUGUCAUUUCUGGCGGUCUCACUCCACCAUUCACAUACGGAGAAGCUGAACAGAUGGGCGCCAAGAUCAUCAUCUUCUCGCUUGUCUCUUGCGUGGCUAUGGUGCAUGCUUGCCGCGCCGCCAUGCAAUCGCUCAAGAAGACAGGUACUGAUUUCAUCUCAGCGCAAGGUAUGGACCCGAAGGCAUUCUUCAAGGUGAUGGGAUUGGACCCGGUCAUCGAGCUUGACGCCAAGGCCGGCGGUACUGCUUUCCAACAGGUUUAA